AAUAAUAAAAAAAGAAAAGGUAGUAGCAACCAACUACUACUCAUCUUCUUCUCUUUCUAUAAUUUGCUUUAGAAAGGGAUCCCAAUGAACGUUGCACCCCACCAACCUCCAUUGCUUCUACUUCAAGCCUCUUAUCCAUUAACCACUUAUGAUAUGGCCCAUUUGUCAUUCUAGAGAGAGAGAGAAAAAAGUAAAGUAGUUAAAUUGGUGAAUGAUCAAUGGAUAAAAGAAGAGGUGUGGUUGCUGCAGGGUCAGUGUGGGAGAGUAGAAUGAAGAGUGAUCAAGUUAAAGGUGGAAUCAAAGUGUUCAAAGCAGAAAAAGAAGAACAAGAACAAGAAGGAGGAAAUGUUGGUGGUUCUAGAUUGAGAAGAACCUCAAUUGGGUCUUCAAAGAGAAAAACUUGUAGCCCAAUUCAGAUUUCCAAAGGAAAAACAGAGGAACCAUGCAUUUCUGAUGGAAUCAAGAAGAGAAGCCCAAUUCAAUCAAGAAAGAUAAGAUCUGAUAUGCAGAAGGGUGGUGGUGAAGCUGCAGGGAAAUUGAGGAAGAUUAAAUCAGAUCAAAUCAAGAAGAAUGUUAUUGAUUCAAUUGAAUUGAGGAAGACGAAAUCCGAGUUGGAUCGAGUUCAAGAAAAUGAGGUUGAUGAAUUGGAUGAUGGGUUUGAAAAGAUUGAAGCUGAGAAAGAUGAAAAUGUUGAGGAUUUUGAUGUGUGUCAAGAGAAAGAGAUAUCAAGCAAUGUUUGUGUGGUUCAAAAUUCACCUGAAUCGGUGGUUCGUGUUGGUGGUGAUUCUGAAUCAGAUGGUGAUGUUGUGGAUGAUGAGGAAAUUGAGAUUGAGAUGGAGAAUGAGAGUUUUGAUGUGAAGGAAAUUAGUAGUAUUCCAGAAUCCAAAGUUGUUAUUGAGAAUCAACAAGAAAAUGAUAAGGUUGAUGUGAAUGAACCAGAAAAGAAGAUUGUUUUGAAUGAAUCAGAGAAGAAAGUGGUAACCAAUGAAGCAGAACAGAAGAAAGUUGUGAAUGCCAAUAUGAGAUUUCACCACAAAAAUGAAAGAAGACCAGUUUCUGUUCCUCUUGUAGUGAAGCAAUCCCCUACAAUUAGAAGGAAUUCAAAAAUUUACCAAAAUUUCUCCAAACCCAAUUCAGGUUCAAUUCCAAAAGAAGAAGAACGCAGUAGCUUUCCACAAACCCAAAACAAGUUGCAGAGUCUAGUGGAUUUAAUAAUGUGGAGAGAUGUUUCAAGAUCAGCAUUUGUGUUUGGAAUUGGAACAUUCCUUAUAGUCUCAUCUUCUUAUGCAAAGGAUAUCAAUUUGAGUCUUAUUUCUGCAAUGUCAUAUGUAGGUCUUGUCUAUCUUGCAGUUAUCUUCCUCUAUAGAUCCUUAAUUUGCAGGGGAGUGAUAGAUGUAGAAGACUCAAAUUAUGUAGUAAGAGAACAAGAUGCAAUUUGGAUGCUGAAAUUGGUCCUACCUUAUUUGAAUGAAUUCUUGUCAAAACUUAAAGCACUUUUCUCUGGAGAUCCUGGCACCACAAUGAAGUUGGCAGUAUUGCUCUUUGUUUUGGCAAGAUGUGGAAGUUUCAUAACUCUUUGGAAGAUGGCUAAAAUCGGCUUCUUCGGAGUAUUUAUUGUACCAAAGAUCUGCUCUUCGUAUUCAGCACAAUUAACUGCAUAUGCAAAUUUUUGGGUUCGUCGAUUUCGGGAUGCAUGGGAUUCAUGCACUCACAAAAAAGCUGUGGCUCUAGGCAUAUUUGGUCUAGUAUGGAAUUUGUCAUCUGUUGUUGCUCGCAUUUGGGCAGUGUUUGUACUAUUUGUGGCAUUCAGAUACUAUCAACAACACUAUAUGGUGAGGGAUGAAUGGGUAGAAGAUGAAACAGGAUGUGAUGAAGCAUGGGAAGAAGAACCAGUUAGACAGAAACAACGCAACUUCGUUGCUACCAACAAAAUCAAGAAAGGAUUCUAAAGGGAUACAUGGAAUUACUCUUUUCUUUCAAAGUUUCAUAUCAAAGUGUUCUUUUCGAUAUAUUAAAUAUAUGCAUAGCUAUAGUUCUCAGGUUGUAAAUCUUUGUUUAGUUAAUAAUAAAUCCAUUAGGGUUCAAUAGCAAAAGGGAAUAAUAGCUUGGACGUUUUUGAUAUGUAAUUAACAUUGAGUUAUAGAUAGUAUAUUCAUUUGCUUUCAUUUUGGAUAA